GGUUCCUAUCACAAGGUCUGGAUCCUGGAACACUUCAACGGCGAAAAGGUCGCCAUCAAGGUCCCCGCCAUCGGACAUGCCGCUCGUUGGAUGCCCGUGGACGCCGAGAAUCUUCGCUCGGAAGCUCUCACAAUGGAUUACAUCCGGCUUAAAACGAAGUUUCCUGUUCCAAAGGUGUUGGACUUUGACACCACCUUCAACAACCCCAUCGGCUGCCCUUACAUCAUGAUGGAAUUUGUUGAGGGAAUCUCAGCGUACGAUGCUUGGUUCCCCGAAGAAGAGGGCGACCUUCCCCUCGAGGAAGUUCGUGAAAACAUCCUUACCUCUCUUGCCGGAGCUAUGGCUGAAUUACGCUACCUAGAGUUCGACAAAAUCGGAAUGCUCCACUUCGAUGACCUACAUAAUCCCAUCGUUGGAGAUGUUCACACCUUCGUCGAAUCCGAAGAUAAGUCUCGACGCCCGGAAGACGAUGGGAUCGCCCGAGUACAAGCCACGAUCCCCACCUUCAUGACCACAAAAGAAUACUACAAGGCGGAACUCGAAUCAGAAUCGCUUCGUCCCGGCGACUGGCGAUCUGCAGUUACCCGUAAAGUCUGCAACCUUGCCCUCGACGGCAAACCAUUCACCCCGGCAACACCCGCCGAAGCGACCGACCAACAACCCGAGAAAUUCUGGCUCAUGCACCCAGACUUCAACUACCAAAACAUCAUGGUCACGCCAGAUGGCAAGCAGAUCACCGGCAUCAUCGACUGGGACGGCGUCCAAACCGUUCCCCGUUGCGUCGGCUACGCCGCUGUGCCGAUUUGGCUCCGCCAAGACUGGCAGUCUGAUUACGUUUGGCCAGACAACCACCUCGAGACUCAUUCUGUGGAUGAGCUGGAGAAAUAUCGGAAAAUUUACGCACAAGCCAUGCGGGAUGCGGCUGGCGAAAACUCAGAUUGGAAAUAUACAGAGAAUAGCGCCGUU